ACAACCGAUAGGAUUUUGUCAACGUGACUGGAAGGAUUCUCGCAUGGUCUCAACAGGACUGCCUGUAGUGGGUAAUAUAAAGCCGACCACGGGUUCACCGGCGUUUGUAGAACUUGAUCACCACGGAUACGAACAGAAAGAUGUCCACGGCGUCUUACUCGGAGAGGAUCACAAUGGAGCCCCUGGUCGCAGCUAUCGAUCAAGGCACAAGCUCGACGAGGUUUCUGGUGUUCAAUUCUAAAACGGCAGAGCUGCUUAGUCACCACCAGGUUGGGAUAAAGCAGAGUUUCCCUAAAGAGGGCUGGGUAGAAGAGGACCCUAAGGAGAUUCUUCAGUCAGUUUAUGAGUGUAUGGAGAGGACCUGUGAGAAGCUCGGCCAGCUCAACAUAGACAUCUCCAACAUUAAAGCUGUCGGCGUGACCAAUCAGAGAGAGACUACGCUGGUUUGGGACAAAGAGACUGGGGAACCGCUCUACAAUGCCAUUGUUUGGCUGGACCUUCGUACACAGUCCACAGUGGAGAGGCUGAUCAACAGCACCCCGGGAAAGAACAAGAACCAUCUGAAGCACAAGACCGGUCUGCCCAUCAGUACAUACUUCAGUGCUGUGAAGCUGCGUUGGCUCAUGGACAACGUGGAGGAGGUCGCCGAGGCUGUCCUGACACAGAGAGCCAUGUUCGGCACCGUGGACUCCUGGCUUAUCUGGUGUCUGACAGGGGGGAAGAGUGGAGGGGUGCAUGUCACAGAUGUGACCAAUGCAAGUCGCACCAUGCUCUUCAAUAUACACACCCUGGACUGGGACCCCGAGCUCUGCAAAUAUUUUGAUGUCCCAAUGGAAAUUCUCCCCCAAGUGAAGAGCUCCUCAGAAAUAUACGGUUCAAUGAACUCUGGUUCUCUGGCAGGAGUUCCCAUCUCCGGGUGUCUCGGGGACCAGUCCGCUGCUCUGGUUGGUCAGAUGUGCUUCCAGGAUGGACAGGCUAAAAACACGUACGGAACUGGCUGCUUCCUGCUGAGAAACACAGGGAUCGAGCCAGUGAUGUCAGAUCACGGCCUCCUGACCACACUGGCCUACAAACUGGGGAAGGACUCACCAGCCCACUACGCUCUCGAGGGGUCGGUGGCCAUAGCUGGCGCGGUGGUACGCUGGCUGAAAGAUAACCUGGGAAUCAUCCAAUCCUCCGCAGAGAUCGAGAAGCUGGCAGGUGAUGUGGGCUCGUCCUAUGGAUGUUACUUUGUUCCUGCCUUCUCCGGGCUGUACGCCCCCUACUGGGAGCCCAGUGCACGAGGUAUCAUCUGUGGCCUGACUCAGUUCACUAACAGAUCUCACCUGGCCUUCGCUGCUCUGGAGGCUGUCUGUUUUCAGACUAGAGAGAUCCUGGAGGCUAUGAAUCAGGAUUACGGGGUUCCUUUGACCGAGCUCCAGGUGGACGGAGGCAUGACCUCCAACAGGCUACUGAUGCAGCUUCAAGCUGAUGUACUCUGCAUCCCCGUGGUGAAGCCGACCAUGUCGGAGACCACGGCGCUGGGCGCAGCCAUGGCAGCAGGAGCAGCAGAGGGGGUGGGUGUCUGGAGUCUGACCCCUGGUAACCUCACAACCAUCCCCACUGACAAAUACCAACCCCUGAUCAAUCCUGAGGAGAGUGAGUUCCGGUACGCACGAUGGAAGAAGGCCGUCCAGAAGGCCAUGAAUUGGGAGACCACGGAGCCCAUCGUCAGCAACGGGAACGGCCCGGUCAGCAACGGGAACGGCCCGGUCAGCAACGGGAACGGCCCGGUCAGCAACGGGAACGGCCCGGUCAGCAACGGGAACGGCCCGGUCAGCAACGGGAACGGCCCGGUCAGCAACGGGAACGGCCCGGUCAGCAACGGGAACGGCCCGGUCAGCAACGGGAACGGCCCGGUCAGCAACGGGAACGGCCCGGUCAGCAACGGGAACGGCCCGGUCAGCAACGGGAACGGCCCGGUCAGCAACGGGAACGGCCCGGUCAGCAACGGGAACGGACACCACUAGUAGGAUCUGAGCCAACACUAGGAACCGUUGAGGAUACAUAUGGAGUUGAAGAGAGGGGGAACAUACAGAAUGAAACACCCGUCCCUCCAUAGGUCCACAUGGCACCUACAUCUGAUGGCUGUUUGGGCAUGCUGUGGACUUUCCUUUUCUCCUGAGAGCAUUCCUAGUGCACAUCCUGUUGCUUCCUGUACAUGUACUCAGCCCCGGUCUCUUAGUCCCAUGGACAAGGACCCUCCCUACCUGUGAGCCUUUAUCUUGGAAGAAAGGCCCAAAGAUGGAAUCAAUUGAUGGAACUCGACUGUGUGUCUGAACUGUGAUGGAAGAGACUGAUUCUCCUGUGGAAGGGGAAAAAAAAAACAUCCAAUCUUGUCUUGUUUUCUAUGAAUUUAUUAAGCAGAUGAUAUUUUAAUGUUCAUCUUUUUUUGUCAUAUGUUGUGCAUUUUGUCAUUUUAACAAACGGUGACACUGUACAUAAAAAAAAAACUCAAAUAAAAAAAAAACAUUAAUUACACUGGUUAGUAAUAGCGUCACCAUUGAACCAGUGUUGUGAGAAUGUUGUAGGCUACAUAUCUAUAAUGUGGAAUGGAAGACCUGCUGAGAGAUGGUUUGCUACUCUGAUGAUCGUAGAUGUACCUAGUUAUGUGGGUCCGCUUGAAGGAACCUCUGUAUGAAAAGCAUCGCAGGGUCCUUACAGCUCUUUGUAAUGAUUGAUUUACGUGUGGAGUGCAUGAUGAGAGUACAGCACUUUAUAAUGAUUGAUUUACGUGUGGAGUGCAUGAUACGAGUACAGCACUUUAUAAUGAUUGAUUUACGUGUGGAGUGCAUGAUAUGAGUACGAUGCUCUGGAUUUUUAAAGGGACAUUUGUGUAUUUAAAAAAAUAAUAAUUAAAUACCGAUAAAGCUUUUUUUAAAGGGAUCAUCAGUGGAUAAUUAAAGGUCUGUGAAACACAUUUACUUCUUAAGUUGCAAGUGGAAGUUAACUACAAAAGGCUUCAUAAGACCUGUUUUUCAGUCGUUGAAGAAAAGUACAUUACUUCCUAAUACAUUUUUGGUCAUGAAUUGUCUUGUCCUUACAGCACUUUAUAAUUAUUGAUUUGCAUGGGUACAAUGCGCUAAUGUAAA